AUGGCCUCUCAACUAUUCAGUAGGACACGUCCAAUUAAUUUCGAUGCCAAUCCUUCACCAGACACUAUGUAUCACCUCCCAAUGAGUCCCAGCGAACCUGGUAAAUUCGACUUCUAUCGAGUGCAUCUCGCUAACCAAGCUUCUCAAACACACACCGAUAAUAGCGAUACCCCAACGCUUUCCGCAUCUUCUUCAACUGCAACCCGCCGUUGGACUCCAUUCGCAAACAUCGCUCCACCUGAUCAAUCGAAAGGUUUCUUAUCGACGAAUACGUCGUCGUUAAAUUCCACUUCCUCAACACGAUCACUUAUAAUGCCAGCGAUGGAUUCUAGUGUUACUUCUAACACUAACCGAUCGCAAACAGAACCAAUUCCAUCCACCUCCUCGUUUUCAUCAUUGACUGAUAUUGUCAAAAAUGCAAUGAAUAAGAAACCUUCAACGACUAAUGUUCAGCCAGUGCGACGACUAGUUUGUGGUACAACACUAUCAACGAAAGAUCUUAAUCACUUGUCUCCACAAUCAGCGUAA